AUGGGAAUUCCCUGCCCUAGCCAAGUCGAGAAAGGCUCCGGAGCCAUCUGGCCUCGAAGACCGGAGACCGAGAGGUAUCACCACGCCAAUCUCGAUGACCAGGAGCGCCCUCCCCCCCCUCCCCAGUUGGAGAGUGUGGAGAGGGAGCCGGCUUUCCUGUUUGGGUAUUUCCGCGAGCCGGAAGAGGGGGAGAACGCGACGAUCAUUGCCGCUUCCACAAGCAGCCAUUUUGGGCCAUUCGACACGAAGGAUGAUGAGGGAUGA